GCUCCUCCUCGGCUCUCCCGGGGCGCUGGGCGACGAGGGAGCGCAGCGCAGCGCAGCGCGGCGGGAGCAGGAGCGCCGAGCCGGCCAUGGGCAAGUCAGCUUCCAAGCAGUUUAAUAACGAGGUCCUGAAGGCCCACAACGAGUACCGGCAGCAGCAUGGCGUCCCCCCGCUGAAGCUCUGCAAGAAGCUCAACCAGGAGGCUCAGCAGUAUUCAGAGGCUCUAGCCAGCACGAGGAUCCUCAAGCACAGCCCGGAGUCCAGUCGUGGCCAAUGCGGAGAGAACCUGGCGUGGGCAUCCUACGAUCAGACAGGAAAGGAGGUGGCCGACAGAUGGUACAGUGAAAUCAAGAACUACAACUUUCAGCAGCCUGGCUUCACCUCCGGGACUGGACACUUCACAGCCAUGGUAUGGAAGAGUACAAAGAAGAUGGGCGUGGGGAAGGCAUCUGCAAGUGAUGGAUCCUCCUUCGUGGUUGCCAGAUACUUCCCAGCGGGGAAUGUUGUUAACCAGGGCUUCUUCGAAGAAAAUGUCCUGCCUCCAAAGAAGUAAUUUGUCACAUGUAAUGGGAAGGUGGCAGACUUAAGAACAUAGAUAUGAAGUGCCUAGAACAACAAAAAGCCAGCUGCGUGCCUGUCCCUGUGAGUGUAUGUGCUUGUGUGUGUGAUGCAUGUGAGUGUCUCUUGCACACACACUUGGAUAUACAGCUCUGCAUGAACUCAUUCUUGUCAAAAGAAUGAGCAUGUGAAGGCUUUACCCUGAUGGUUACCUAGACCACAGUUAUUUGGACUUUGGGGGUGGGGAAUCAAUUUUUAAACUUUUUUUGUUAUUUUUUAAGCAAACUUCUUUUGUAUCUUUGUUACUUAUAAUAUCCAUCCUUAGACUUUUUGUAUUCCACAUGUUUGUGAUGCUAAGAAGUGAAGUUCAUUUUAUGUGAUCUUCAUGCAUUGUAAUCUACUUUUGGUAGAUAUUUAAGAAAAUUAAACCCUCAUUUAAAUGUGACACAAAA